UCUCUCCGCCGCCGACGCCGAGGGCUCCACGAGAGGGAGGUGGGCGGCGCGGCCCUUCGCCGGAGGGAGCGCUCUCCGCCGCCGCCGCUCCCGCUCCCGCCGGCGCGGGAGAUCCGGGCGUCGUCUCUCGGGCUUGAAUGUUCAUGCAACUACCCACUUGCACAAUAUGGAUAGUAGGAGUACAAAAGGGCCUUUGGCUUUGGACGGACAAGAGCUGACAUGGAACCAUCCUCACAGCCUCAGCCUGUGAUGGGUGUUGCCACUGGUGGGUCACAAGCAUAUCCUCCUCCUGCUGCUGCAUAUCCACCUCAAGCCAUGGUUCCUGGAGCUCCUGCUGUUGUUCCUCCUGGCUCACAGCCAUCAGCACCAUUCCCCACUAAUCCAGCUCAACUCAGUGCUCAGCACCAGCUAGUCUACCAACAAGCCCAGCAAUUUCAUCAGCAGCUGCAGCAACAGCAACAGCAGCAACUCCGUGAGUUCUGGGCUAACCAAAUGGAAGAGAUUGAGCAAACAACCGACUUCAAGAACCACAGCUUGCCACUCGCAAGGAUAAAGAAGAUAAUGAAGGCUGAUGAGGAUGUCCGGAUGAUCUCGGCAGAAGCCCCCGUUGUCUUCGCAAAGGCAUGCGAGGUAUUCAUAUUAGAGUUAACAUUGAGGUCGUGGAUGCACACGGAGGAGAACAAGCGCCGGACCUUGCAGAAGAAUGACAUUGCAGCUGCCAUCACCAGGACUGAUAUCUAUGACUUCUUGGUGGACAUAGUUCCCAGGGAUGAAAUGAAAGAAGAAGGGCUUGGGCUUCCGAGGGUUGGCCUACCGCCUAAUGUGGGGGGCGCAGCAGACACAUAUCCAUAUUACUACGUGCCAGCGCAGCAGGGGCCUGGAUCAGGAAUGAUGUACGGUGGACAGCAAGGUCACCCGGUGACGUAUGUGUGGCAGCAGCCUCAAGAGCAACAGGAAGAGGCCCCUGAAGAGCAGCACUCUCUGCCAGAAAGUAGCUAAAGAUGAUACAGUGAAGUUGUGACAUUGAUAUACAUUGUCCUGUGAACUUAGGGCCUCUAAAACUCAGUGCUCUUGUCAAAACUAUUCCCAUGAUUGUUGGCUGAAACGGGUAAUCUGAUUAGGUCUUAGGCUUUCCUAAUGUUAGUUCUGCUCUGCUAUGGCAGCAGUAGAAAAAAAAAAGAUUGUGAUUUGGUAGGUGAUUUGCAACUAAUGUAGUAACUGUACCUUACCUUUCAUCAGUUUCUAAUCCAAUACUCAAAAGUGCUGGCAUGUGGAGACCCUUGUAUGAAUUGAGUGUUUGUUCAUGUCAUG